ACAUUUAUGCAUUUCAAUUCCACUAAGGUCUGAAACUCAAAUAAAAACAUUAAACACCAUAAAAUCAAAAUGCAAGUGUCAGUGAAAAGUUUUAAUGUAUUUUCGAAGGAAGUUUGAAAGUUGGUGGUUCCUUGAACGUAGACAUAGUGGCGGCGCAAGAAAACAGAGGCAGAUCUCCCGCCAAAUCGCUUUGUUAGGGCGCUAGCUGUUCAGUCGGCCAAUCAGAACGGACCGUGUUCAACGUUCGCGCGCGCGCCUUUAUCAAAAAACCGAUAAUGCUUCCCAAGCGGAGUUCGCUAAACAAUAAUAAAAUCACUUAAAAUAAACCGUUUAUCAACCACAAGCCACAACACUGGCGACCUCCGCGCCGCGAGCACAUCCUUUGUUCACAGAAAAAGUAAAAGAAAAAUUAAAAAAUAAACAAAAUCCGCGGCAGUCCGGUUUCGUUCCCGCUCCGAAUCGGCUUCGAAAUGAAAUAAAAAGUUUGUUGGCGGGAACAAUAAAUACUCACGAUGGUGCCGAAUCACUGGGCGCUAGUAGUGUUGCUGGUGCAACUGGUCAGAUGCAGCGAAAACAACGUUAAUUUGGGAGGACCCGAGCCAGCGUGGGGUUACAAAUGCGUGGCAGAAGAAGGUUGCCAGCGUUCAGACAAGCCCAUCACAGCGUCAGAGACCACAUUUUUCGAGAGCCUUGACUUGUGUCGGACCGUCUGUGGUCGGUUCGGCGGGAUCUGGCCCAGACCCGUCACGGCUGCGCUGAGCAUGCAGACAGUGAAGAUACAUCCCAAUUAUUUGAGGUUUGACCUCAUCGACGUGCCAGCCGAGGCCCGUGCUACCCUCGUGAAGAUGACCCACGUGGUCACAGCAAACCUGAUGGCGGAAUGUGGCGGUAACAUCACAGAGCUCGUGGAUACCCCGGUGGUUGUCUACACGUCGGUGAAGUCCGCGGACACGAGUCUCACGUGGACCACGGAUGAGCAGUACGCUUUGGAUGUCCAGAUGAAGGAAGGUACAGUCGCCGUCCACAUAUUCGCCGAAACCAUCUACGGCGCUCGCCACGCGUUUGAGACAUUCACACAACUAGUCGCAUCAGACCGUCCCGACUUUCCCGGACAUGUCCGCUGCGGGCUCCGUCUGGUCUCCGGCGCUAAAGUCCGGGACAGACCCGUCUAUAAACAUAGAGGACUGACCCUGGAUACUUCGAGGAACUUCAUACCGCUGAGGGAUAUAAAGAGGACGCUGGAUGGCAUGGCAGCGACGAAAAUGAACGUGUUCCAUUGGCAUGUAACGGAUUCACAUAGCUUCCCGUUGGAGUCGACACGUGUACCGCAAUUUACAAGAUUUGGUGCUUAUUCAGAUUCCGAGAUAUACACAAGAGAAGAAGUAAAGGAUUUAAUAGAAUACGCUAAAGUACGGGGCAUCCGCGUCGUCAUCGAAAUCGACGCGCCUGCACACGCCGGUAAUGGCUGGCAGUGGGGCAAGCAAGCCGGCCACGGGGACCUAGCCGUCUGCGUGAACGAGAAGAAUUGGCGAAUGCUUUGCAUCCAGCCGCCUUGUGGGCAACUCAACCCAGCCAACCCCGCGAUGUACCGAGUGCUCAAAGACUUGUAUAGAGACAUCGCUGAAGUGCUGCCUAGGCCUGCUCUCUUCCACAUGGGAGGUGAUGAGGUAUACUUCGGAUGUUGGAAUUCCUCAGAACAGAUCGUGAGCUACAUGAGGGAUAAAGGUUUCGAGACAAACGCAGAUGGUUUCAUCCGCCUCUGGGCCGAGUUCCACGCCCAAGCCUUGCAAAUUUGGGACGAGCAGCUUAAAAAAGCUACAGGUGAAGACAAACAGCCAGUCAUGCUGUGGUCUUCCGAGCUCACCAAUCCGCAGAGGAUUCAGAGAUAUUUGGACAAGGAAAGAUAUAUCAUCCAAGUCUGGGAACCAAUAGAGAGCCCUCAGCUAAUCCAACUCCUCCGCCUCGGUUACCGAGUGGUCUCCGUACCCAAGAACGUUUGGUACUUGGACCACGGCUUCUGGGGCACCACCAAGUUCGCCAACUGGCGUCGGAUGUACGCGCAUAUGCUGCCCAGUAGUGAGACUGGUGUCCUUGGCGGGGAAGUCGCUAUGUGGACGGAGUAUGUCGACAAACAUGUUCUGGACACCCGAAUCUGGCCGAGAGCGGCGGCGGUGGGCGAGCGGCUGUGGGCGGACCCGGCGGCCGGCGCCGGCGCCGCCGAGCCGCGCCUGCAGCGCCUGCGCGCGCGGCUCGCGGCGCGCGGCCUGCGGCCCGACGCGCUGGCGCCGGCCUGGUGCGGCCAACACGAUGGACGAUGCUUAUAGUACAUUUUUAUACCCUACUUUGCCUGCUCGAAAAACGUUACAAAAAAAAUCUAAUCAUGAUGGUGCUUUUUACCACAUCUAUAGACCUAUGUUGCUAUUGUUGCUGCUGCUGAUGAAAGAUGAUGUAUGAUGCUGUUGAAAAGUGUUUUAUUGAAGUUACCCUUCCAGUUUUUGAAUGUUGAAUUUUAAAUUUAAGAUUAAUUACCUACUUUAAUAAGUACACGAAUCUCAACUUUACUAAAAUGUUAGGGCAUGUUCAAAUUGUACUCCCAAUCAAGGUACUAGGACAAAAUAUGGUAUAUCUGUGCUAUGUACAGUCAGAUGCAGACAGAUACAAUUAGUUUCUGCAGGGGGGUCACCUCUCUCUGCAGCUGACUGUACAUAUAUUUGGCACAGUAUACUGUACUGUGUUUAUUCUGUGAGCUAAAUAUACAUAUACUAUGGAAUACCUACAUAUACGACAUUGAUUUCACACUACCAUCAAUUGCGAAAUUCCCUUAAUAACUAUAUUUCUUACACCAUCAUAUCAGUCAUCAGUAGAUGUCGGAAAAUGCAAUGAGGCUGAAAUAGCAAUACUUGUCUCUUUCUAACUCUCUAUCUCACAAUUAGAAACGUAGGAGAAAAUUAUUCAAUUGAGUACCUUUGUAAAUAUCGAGUUUUAGGUUUAGGUUGACAAAUGACGAAUUAUGUAAUAAACAUUAAAUAGCAACAUAAAUGUUUUCUCGACUUAAAAUAUAUUCGAAAUAAAGUGCAUAGUUGCUAUUUGAUUUUUUUUUUUGUAUAUUUACAAUAUUGACAUUCACUAUUUUGUAUCUGUACGGAAUACGGAUACUGUGGACAGGGGAAGUAAUAGUGCUAACAAUGGGCUAUCUCUUUCUCGAUUUCACUCCUAGCUGCGUCUGCGUCCUUAACGGACGUACGACGAAACACCGUCCACUCGAUCGAACAGGCGUCGGACCGUACCAUGGUCGUGGUCUGGCACGCCCGUCUGUUAGUGCUUUUAGAAUCGUCGACUUAUCUUGAUCUUUUAUGAGAAUAUGUCAGCCUAUAUACUUACUUUACUCUUUGAUGUCAGCAUUUAAAAUCCUCUGUGAUUUGAAGGAGUAUAUGAGUUUUUUACCUACUAGGAAGUAGAAUUCUACUGAUUCUAAAAUGUCCAAUUUUUGUCAAUAUGAUAUUUGGCAGUAAGUAAUGAUAAUGAAUAAUAGUUUGACUAUUCCUCGUAGAAUUAUAGACAGUAAAUUUGUCUAAUAACGUUGGUGCUUAAUCAUUUACUUAUUUCAUAAUUAAUAAAUGUUGUAUCUAUGUAUAUUACUUAGAGUAAUUAACUGUUAUCAUAAUAAUUUAUAAGAGACGUCGACAUCAGACUGAUUCUAAUUAAUAAGACAAAAGAUUUAAUAAGCAAAUUUAUGUACGAAAAGUUUUAUAGUAAUUGUGAUAUAUUGUUUAUAUUGCUGAUAGAUGAAAUAAAGAUUUACGCCAA